CUGCUUCGUUUCUACCAGGUGUUGCUGCAGUCGGAUGGUUCCGGAAACAUGGUCAAUAUUAGGCGGGCAGCAGACAGUCUGGGAUCAGAGAUAUCACAGCAGCCGGAGCUCUCACGCUCUGAACAACCAACACCCAGUAUUGAACACUGGCAGCUGCUCAAUGCCAAGGCCCUGAGUGAGGAACUUGUCAUUAAACAGAACCUGCAGCAAUGGCAGCAGCUGAACUCUGACCUGGAUGAUAUUUCCCAGUGGCUGGUCCACAUUGAACCCACACUGAAUAAGGCUGAGAGCCUGGAGCCUUCACCUCAGCUUGCAGCCAUUGAGGAGAGGCUGCGGAGCCUGCGAAACGUUCAGAAGGAGUUUGACAAGUACAAGGCCCUGGUCACCUCUGCCAAGCUGAGCAGCCGGGAGUUCCUGCAGACAGACAGUGCUGAGGCCCAGGAAUUACAGGAGAAACUGCAGCAAGUGAAUGGUACCUGGGAGAGGACAGCACAGAGACUGGAGCGAUGGCGAGCAUCAUUACGGAGCACCCUGACCCAGUGCCAGGAUUUCUAUCGGAUCAGCUAUUCACUCAUGAUGUGGUUGGCUGACUGUGAGAGGCAGCGAGGCCUGGUCCAGCUCAGUAGCCCGGGACUCAGCCUGCACACUCUGACACAGCAUCGCAAGGCACUGAUG